UGCGAGAGAAUGAUAAUCCAAAUACUACCACUUUAAAGAGUGAUUUAUAAAGAGAGAAAAAGAAGAGAGAGAACCUCUUUAAUCCACUCAUGGAUUUGUCUUAAAUUGGAGUUGCAGUUACUUGAGUAUCCAUGGCGGCGUUGCAGGGUAAUUGCCUUUAUUUAAUGCACCAAACCAAUUAGACACAAACCUAAUCUUAAGCCCUCGGUGCUCUAUAUAUUAUGUUACAUAAAUAACUCCACAGAUUAUAAAUGAAUGGAGAUGUUCUCAAAAUUAGGGUACUCAAACAGUAGAGAAUGUCAGGUUUGUUUUCACUAGGAGGAAAAGAUCAAGAUCAACAUCAAGAGACCAAUUUCUACUUUUUCAAGAACGAGGAGAUCUAUAACAAGGGUUUCGAGCUAUGGCAACAAUACUAUCAUUUACACCAACAACAGAAGUCACAGCUUCAAGAUGUGGAUCUCUCUCUAGUAGCUGCUUCCGCUUCUAAUUACUCUUCAACUAAGAGAACAAUUACCACAACGGAUGGUGAUCAAGCACUUCUUUACAGAUCAUCGUCUUACGGUAGGAAUAUGAUGAGUGGAAGUAGUAGCAGUAGUAGUAUAAAUUGUCUGGAUUGCGGAAACCAGGCUAAGAAAGAUUGUGUGCACAUGAGGUGCAGGACUUGUUGCAAGAGCCGAGGGUUUCCUUGCCAGACUCAUGUUAAGAGCACUUGGGUUCCUGCGGCCAAGAGGCGCGAGAAGCAACAACAAUUACAUCUCUCUUCGGAACAACAACAACAACAACAACAACAACAACAACAACAACAACAACAACAACAACAACAACAACAACAACAACAACAACAACAAGAGCAUGACCAGAAUCAGCUGAGUCUGAUGAGAGCAUCGGAUAGUGUUAAAAGGCCAAGAGAGGAUCCACUCAACUGCACUUUGACAAGCCAUAAUUCAGGGCUAGAAGUGGGGCAAUUUCCAGAAGAAGUGAGCUCCACGGCCGUGUUUCGCUGUGUAAAUGUUAGGGCAAUGGAUGAUGCCGAAAAGCAGUAUGCAUAUCAAACCGCUGUCCAAAUCGGAGGCCAUGUCUUCAAGGGACUUCUUUAUGAUCAAGGCCCUGAACACCGAUUUGGCCCCGGUGAUACUUCUACUGGCGGAGCUCAACAGCCACUUAAUCUCACAACUGCAACUACUAAUUCUCCUGGAGUGACAUGGCUAGACUCUUCAACCACCUAUCCAACUCCACUCAAUGCUUUCAUGGCGAGUACACAAUUUUUUCCACCGCCAAGGCCUUAAGAUCGGUAGACAAAAUAAUGGUACUUACAUCAAUUCUGUAUCACGGUAUUUCCUUUAUCUUUUCACCCAACAAAAUCAUGAUUUAAUUGUCUCGGACGUCAAUGUAUGGUACCUAAGUGGUAACAAAUUUAUGCUCUUAUUAACAACGGGGAUUAUUAUCUCUAUAGGGUUGUAGGUAGUGACUGCUGUAAUUUAUUGAUGGUAGAAUGCAAUAUAUGAUGCUUGUAAGUUCUUUUCCUUAAAUCUUGAGAUUUUAGAAGAAUUUGUCACUUAACAUGAUAUCAAAGGCAGACUCGCACUUUAAAAUUUUAUGUCGCUUAACAUUUAUAACGACUAACGAGUGUUGAAAUCUCAAUCAGCUCAGACACAUCUACGCCUAAGUGUCAGUGCAAGGGUUCUCUCAAGAUAAGUGAGAGAGAUGUGAGGUUGAUUAGCUAAUUUGUUCAAGUUUCAAGCAAGAUUCUAUAUUGCUUAUGAUUGUUUAUCAGGAUUAGAGUUUGUAGUAAGUCCUCAACAAAUAUAUGUGAUCCGAUCCUUUAACUGUGCUUUUUGUAGUGUGUGUUUCAUGCUACAUAUGGUUACGUGCUUACAUUAUGUAAGACGAGCUUUUCGUUUCUUGAAUUCAUUCAAUAUUCUCCCUGUGCAUUCGAUUUGAUAUGAUUUGAUUUUUAAUCUGCUUUUUGGUUGGUUUUUGAACUCGAUGCUGCUUUCCCCGUUUACCCGGUCUCUUGCCGGAUAUUUAUGUGGCUAGUGCCUUUUAGCUCUCUUAAUCAUUCAGUGUUUAUCAGUUCAUGUCCAAAAUAUUGUCGAAUUAUAUUUACACAUUUCAUUUAAAUAAAUAUGUUAUAAUUUCAUAUAUCUUGUUUGGUCUGAGGUGCCCUAAAAUAAUAUUGUUAAUAUUGAUAUGCCUUUAAUUUUCUUUACUCGGAAUGUUUGUCUCUAGAGUUCCAUCAUGCAGUUCUCAUCUACAUACCUUUAAAUAUUUGUGAUCAAGAAUGGAAGGCCUGCUUCAAGCCUUCAACUCAGAGAAUCUGUCUCCUGUUUGCCAUAUAUUUUGCGUGAAAUGUGUAUCUUCUGUCUAUCAAUAAUCAAU